AUGGCACAAUAUUCAAUACCAGCAUCAUCAACGCAACGUCAACAAAUGUCAAUCGAAAUUCCACGACCACUUCCUUCUUUUCAACGACCUAGUGUUGGUGGCCCACCGUUUUCAAAUGUUUUUGAUGAACACAUAGAUAGUAGCAGAUUACCUCGUUUAAAUAUUGCUAGUGAAAGACAAAUAAAGUUUCUUCCACCAUUUGUAUCUUUGAUACUUGGUUCAAAAUAUUUUUUGAUUGCUUUAUGUAUUCUUCUUAUUGUUCCGAUACUUGAAUUAGCUAUUGGUAUAGCUUAUCAAGAUCAAUGUUCAGUGAAUCCUAAUAUUCCGAGAUAUCUAAUUGUUACAGGUGCAUGUGGUUUGAUGGUUAUUGCUUUGACAAUAAUGAUUGUUGGUUCAUUUGUAUGUUGUGUUAAACAAGAUACAAUUGCUGGAUCAUGUAUUACUACAUGUAUAAUUGCUAUGUUAAUUAUUAUUAUUUUUCUUAUGAGUUUAUUUUUAUUUAUUUGGUUUAUUGUGGGUAAUGUUUGGAUAUUUGGAGCUCAAAAUAUAGUUGAUUUUCGUAAUGAACAAUCGUCUAAUUAUUGUCAUUCAACUUUAUAUAAUUUUGCUUUUUGGAUACUAAUUAUAACUUAUAUUAUGACUGUUGUUUGCUGUUGCUUAUCAUGUUGUUGUGCUUGUUCAAAAUCUGUAGCCACAUUAAAAGCAUAG